CCCUAAACUCCACUACUUCUCGCCUGCCUCCUCCCCUUCCUGGCUCCCCGCCCCAGACCUCGCAGCCGCCGCCUGCGUGUAGGGCCCGCCUGCCUCUUACUCUCACGCGCGCACGCACAGCCCCGCUGGCUCGCUCGCAUUCGAGCAGCCUCGCUCUCCGCGGAGCCGAAGCCCGGACGUCCGGAACUACUGCACCAACUGCCAGCGGGACUGCAGGAGACGCCCUGUGGCCCGGCGCGACCCGCCGCUGGCCCCCGCGCCCUGGGCUCCCGCCCACGCUGCCGCCGCCGGGGACGUUGAGGUAAACAAGUACCCAGAGGCUUCAGCAUUGCUGUCUUCCCUUCUCAAUGGCGUUUCUGAUGUCCACCUCAGGAGUCUCCUUGGCCAGCUCUGAAACACUUGAAAAUUAAACAGAGAAUCCACUGCAUAUAUUCUUCUUGAAAAUUUCCAUUGUAUAUGUUCAGAACUUUCUGAAUAAGAAUAAGGAUUUGAAGGUGCUAACAGAGCAGGGAACAAGCCAAAAGGACAACAGUAGAUGCGGAGAGGCCAUGGAGCAUCCACCAACCAGAUAAUCAUCGCUGGAAUAACUGGAGGUGUCUGAAUGUAGUGAAAAUUGUGCCUGCCUCUUUUGACAUGUGGGAAUGUUUAAGUCAGCAAGAAGUGUAUACUUGCCCCCUUAGACCCUCAACAGUACCUAAAGGUCAUCUGCCUUGAAGACUGCUUUUUAAUUUUCUGAACAUCUUGUGAAGCCCAGCUUUUGCAGAGAUUUCUUUGACCCUGAGAUCCACACACAGCUUAUCUCUGGCUUCCUUUUGGCCUGGGAUAAUAAUGUCAUCUGUGACAGUUUUACCUCUACAUUUUCAAUCUGUCUCUUCUUUUCUUGCCUUAUUGGAAUGGCUAGAACUUCCUAUACAAUGAUGAAAAGAAAUGGCUGCAGAAGUCCUGAAGGUUGAUGGAGGGCCAUGCUAUUCAAACAGCAGGCAUGGCUGAGACAGAAGCUCCUGGUGCUGGGAAGCCUUGCCGUUGGGAGUCUCCUGUAUCUAGUCGCCAGAGUUGGGAGCUUGGAUAGGCUACAACCCAUUUGCCCCAUCGAAGGCCGAUUUGGAGCCCGUGGUCAGGCUGAAUUCCCCCUGCGCGCCCUGCAGUUUAAGCGUGGCUUGCUGCACGAGUUUCGGAAGGGCAACUCUUCCAAGGAGCAGGUACGCCUUCACGACCUGGUCCAGCAGCUCCCCAAGGCCAUUAUCAUCGGGGUGAGGAAAGGAGGCACCAGGGCCCUGCUUGAGAUGCUGAACCUCCAUCCGGCAGUGGUCAAAGCCUCUCAAGAAAUCCACUUUUUUGACAAUGAUGAGAAUUAUGCCAAGGGCAUUGAGUGGUAUAGGAAAAAGAUGCCUUUUUCCUACCCUCAGCAAAUCACAAUUGAAAAGAGCCCAGCAUAUUUUAUCACGGAGGAAGUUCCAGAAAGGAUUUACAAAAUGAACUCAUCUAUCAAGUUGUUGAUCAUUGUCAGGGAGCCAACCACAAGAGCUAUUUCUGAUUACACUCAGGUGCUAGAGGGGAAGGAGAGGAAGAAUAAAACCUAUUACAAGUUUGAGAAGCUGGCUAUAGACCCUAAUACCUGCGAAGUGAACACAAAAUACAAGGCAGUAAGAACCAGCAUCUACACCAAACAUCUGGAACGGUGGUUGAAGUACUUUCCAAUUGAGCAAUUUCACAUCGUCGAUGGAGAUCGCCUCAUCACGGAACCCCUGCCAGAACUUCAACUCGUGGAGAAGUUCCUAAAUCUUCCCCCGAGGAUAAGUCAAUACAAUUUGUAUUUCAAUGCUACCAGAGGGUUUUACUGCUUACGAUUUAACGUUAUCUUUAAUAAGUGCCUGGCGGGCAGCAAGGGGCGCAUUCAUCCGGAGGUGGACCCCUCUGUCAUUACCAAAUUGCGCAAAUUCUUUCACCCUUUCAAUCAAAAAUUUUACCAGAUCACUGGGAGGACAUUGAACUGGCCCUAAAAUAAUGUCAUACAACACUAUGUGUUGUGCCUGGGGACACACAAUGUCUCGUCUGGAUUAAAAUAUGCACUUUUCCCGUAGACACAACUGUCCAAGUCAUUUUUCCAUGUAUACUUGUACAUACGCAGUGUGUGACCAAAUAUAAGAUCAGCUCUUUUUCUACUGAAAAUUUACAAAAGCAAAAACAAAAAACAAACCAAUUUGCUGUCUACAUAGUCGCAUCUUUUAUGCUAUUUACAAAAAGAAGAGGUGGUGGUACUGGGGCAAAGUGACUUCAGCUAUUCUCAAAGAGUUAGUCUUCCUUUGAGCCAGAAUUUGUCGCCUGCCAUUUCCAUAGACUUAAGCCAAAAGAUUAACAUGUGAAAAUGUACCAAUGGCUGUGAAGUUUCAGGAAGUAGAGGAUUCGGUUAUGCAUUCUUUUCUAAGGGAAAGCUGACUCUUUAAUUCAGAUGCUGAAUUGAUGCCAUGAAAACAGAAAAUACUAUUUUCUUAUUAUUUAAAAAAAUGUCUUAUCUCAUAAAAUUGACAUCGUUCCAAAGUUCUUGUGGUGAUUUUGCACUAUCAUUUUCUCAUAUGGACCAUGGUGUCACUUGUAGCAUGUCAAUCACACAUCGGAAAGUCAAGUCCUUUUACUUCCAUGUUCUAUGUCAACAAAGAGAAAUGUCAUGUACAUAGUGUAUAUAGUUGUAAAUACUGGUUUCACACUAAGUAAUUCUAUUUUGUAAACUGAAUAUGGCUAUUUAAUUUAUUGUGAAAAUUAAAUUUAUUGUGGUAUUUAAAAAAUGGAAUGGAUUAAAAUUACUCUAUGUGCAA